AGCCUGGAAUGGUACCCCCUCCGCCGGGAGAGGAGAGCCAGACCGUCGUCCUUCCUCCUGGCUGGCAGAGCUACUUGUCUCCUCAGGGCCGGCGUUACUAUGUCAACACGGCCACCAAUGAGACCACCUGGGAACGCCCCAGCACUUCUCCUGGGAUUUCAGCCAGCCCUGGCCCUCACAGGAGCUCUCUGCCUCCAACAGUGAAUGGAUACCACGCAUCAGGGACCCCAGCGCACCCUCCAGAGACUGCCCACAUGAGUCUCCGAAAACCCACCGGUGAUUCCCAGAACCUGGGCUCCUCAUCACCAGGCAAAAAGCACAGUAAGGAAAACACCAUCACUGUCAACUGUGUGACCUUCCCUCAUCCAGACACCAUGCCUGAACAGCAGCUUCUGAAGCCAACAGAGUGGAGCUAUUGUGACUACUUUUGGGCUGAUAAGAAGGAUCCCCAAGGCAAUGGCACUGUGGCUGGAUUUGAACUGCUGCUCCAGAAGCAACUGAAAGGGAAACAGAUGCAGAAGGAGAUGUCAGAGUUCAUCCGGGAAAGGAUAAAGAUUGAAGAGGAAUAUGCAAAGAACUUGGCCAAACUCUCCCAGAACUCCCUGGCUGCACAGGAGGAAGGGUCCCUGGGAGAGGCCUGGGCCCAAGUAAAGAAGAGCCUUGCAGAUGAGGCUGAAGUUCACCUCAAGUUCUCUGCCAAGCUCCACAGCGAGGUGGAAAAGCCCCUGAUGAACUUCCGGGAGAACUUCAAGAAAGACUUGAAAAGGUGCGACCACCACAUCGCCGACCUCCGCAAACAGCUGGCCAGCCGCUACGCGUCCGUGGAGAAGGCCCGGAAAGCCCUCACAGAGAGACAGAGAGACCUGGAAAUGAAGACCCAGCAGCUGGAGAUCAAGCUGAGCAACAAGACAGAAGAGGACAUCAAGAAGGCCAGGAGGAAGUCCACACAGGCUGGUGAGACAGUCGAGCCUGUGGACCAACUGCUUCGAAAAGUGGACCCAGCCAAAGACAGGGAGCUGUGGGUCAGAGAGCACAAAACGGGCAACAUUCGCCCCGUGGACAUGGAGAUCUAG